AUGAAGGUCAAUAAUUUCGUUCGCGGUCUUGCGUUAUUCUCUGCCGGAGCUUGUGCAUACAAACAGCUCACACCCCAGCUUGUAGCGGAUGAUAUCAAAGCAGAGGAUCUCGACAAGACGCUUCAAGCUUUAUACAGAAUUGCCCUUGACAACAGCAACAACCGGGCCUUUGGGCUCCCCGGUUACAAGGCAUCGCUUGAUUUUGUUCUUUCUCGCCUAGGCGGCGGUAACCAUUUCGAUAUCACUGUUCAGCCAUUCAAACAUCUCUUUUCCCAAACUCGAAAGAUCGUCCUGAUAGGCCCCGAUGGAGAACAUGUUGAUGCCGUCUCACUGCAGUACAAUCAUGCAACUCCCCUACCUGGCGGCGUAGCUGCUCCUUUGGCCCUCGUCCCCAUAGACGAUGUUCGUGGCUCCGGUUGCUUCGCGGACCAGUGGAAGGAUAUUGAUUUCGAAGGGAAAAUCGCCUUGAUCAAGCGCGGGAAAUGCCAGUUUGCAAACAAGCUCAAAUUGGCCAGAGACAACGGUGCUUCAGCAGCCAUCGUCUUCAAUGAUAAUCCCAACCAUACGGCGGGAUCUGGAUCCCUCGGGGCAGAGAACUUUGGUAAGCUUGCACCUGCUGGUGUCGUCACGUACGACAAGGGAAAUUCUUGGGCCGAACGUCUUGAAGCAGGGGAAAACCUUAAGAUCAAUCUGACCAUCGAUGUCCUGACUGAAAAGCGCGAGACUUGGCAGGUCAUAGCAGAUACCAAGGCUGGUGAUUCUAACAGUCUUCGAUUUGCCUUCUGGGGCGCUGAGGAGAGUGGGAUGAUUGGGUCAACUUACUACGUCUCCAACCUGUCCAAGGAUGAGUCCAGAAAGAUUCGGUUCUACUACAACUACGACAUGAUUGCCUCUCCACGGCCUUACUACAUUGUAUAUGCCGACUCGGACGCACACAAAUCUGGCGCAAGAUAUCUUUAUGAUUUUUUGGCCGACAAAGGGUAUCCUGCUGAGUAUACACCUUUUGGGGCGUCCUCUGACUACGUGGGGUUCCUUGAACUCGGCAUUCCUUCGUCCGGUAUCUUCACAGGGGCUGGUGCUCCGCAAGAUGGUUGCUAUCAUACUCUGUGUGAUAAUAUUAAGAACAUUAAUCAGAAAGCACUUCUCGUCAAUGCUAAGGCUGCCGGCUACGCCGCUGCAAGUCUUGCCUUGAGUGUAGAUGAGGUACCUAUGCAUGAGAACUCAACUGUCAACCCUUUGAGCAAGCGCGGAGUAGCGAGAAACAUGGUUCGUUGGGCGAAUGUUAUUCGAGGUACAGUGAAGGUCCAUAGCUGUGGGAGUGAGAGGAAGAUCUUUAUCUGA